GCGUCCGCGGGUCUGGCUCUGGGAGGCUUGGAGGCGACGCAGGCAGCUACACGUCUAGAAUGAUGACUGACAUGGUUGACAACCACCGAGAGAGCUGGGAUUCUCUAGUCUGUGCCAUGGAGAAGUACCGCAAACAGACAGGCAAUGACGUUGUCCUCCUUACGGCUUACCGGCCCAAGCUGCAAUCGAACCUCGCGUACGCGGUCCACGGGACAGGGGCUCUUUCGGAUGCCACCAAGCAGUACCUGGAUGACAUUGCGGUUUUCCACAAGACUUCAGCCUAUGCCAGCAGUGUGAUCCCAACGCGUGACAACGGGAAAGCUGCAGGGCAGGACCCGGAUACUCCCGAGGAUGCCUUCUCCAAGAGCUACCCUUCCAUUUAUGGUAAGGGUGGCUUUACCGCUGCCGAUCGGAGCCUAGUGGAACCGGAACCCACGACAGAAUGUGGCCCUGAAGUAGCAGAAACCGAUGAGAGGAUGGCUUCUGAAACUGAGAGGGAAGUGGACAGAUGUAGCUUAAACGAUCCUUCAGUCAUGUUUACAAUGGACGAGGAAUCAACCAGUCAGGACUGUGAGCCCUUCUUUGAAUCUGACCUAGAUGGAGAGAGCACAGAUGAUGGCAGUUUGAGUGAGGAACUUCCUGUCCGUCCACAAACCUUACCCCAAGCAAGGUGUCACCAGUAUGCCAAGUCCCUUCCUGUGUCUGUCCCCAUUUGGGGCUUCAAAGAUCUGAAGCCAAAGAAGCUUCCUGAUGGAGAUAAUGAAGAACGGUUGCCUUCACCAGAUUUGGACAAGAUUGCUGCCAGCAUGAGAGCCUUGGCCAUGAGCGUGACGGAUGGCACUGAGAUGUUUGGCGACCUGCCGCGCCCCAGACUCAACACUGGUGACUUUCAGAAGCCCUAUCGGAAGUACUAGAGCACUUUUCAACACCUCCUUUUCCCCCUCCUUCCUUCCCUCCCUUCCAACCUGCCCCUAAACACAACACUACAGAGAUCCUUCUUGCAAGGAAACUCAUUACUGGUCCAGGGCUGUCCCGUGGUCCAGCCGCUUCAUGUAGCAUUAAGGUUAUGUAUGACAAAAGACUGGGGUCACGAUUUGAUUCAGUAACUUUUCACGAAGAUGAAGAAAACAUGAAACUUUAUAGUAUAUUUUUCUGGUAAAAUAUUGUGUGAAGCAGAAUUCCCAAGAAUCUACUUUUAAUGUUCCAACUUGUCCUUGUGUGUCUUUCUCCUCCCAGCAUGCUCUGUGUUUUAAACAAGCUAACCUAGCCGCUUCGUUAUAUUCAGACAAGAGCAUGAUUCAAGAUGGAAGUCCCCACUGCACAGAACUGCACUGUGGAACCAUGAGAUUUCAGCUCGUGCAAGACCAGAAUUUUAACACUCUCUUCUGUCCAUUUCAAUAAAGUGCCCAAGCUCUUGGGUCAAAGUGCAGGUAGUGACAAAAUCUGCUUCACAGAUUAUUGAGGACUCACCCACCCCCACCCCCCCUCCAAAAAAAACAACCCUGAGCCAACUAAUUGUGAGCAGGAGGUGAAAAUUAAUGCUGUAAAGUCUGUCUUCUUCAAGACGAUUUUGUCAGCAAUCCUGAUCCAAAUUGCUUCAGGUGGGACUGAGCACCUCCCUUCCACCCUCCUCCCAACUGAAUGUGGUUUCGUUGAAAUGUGCACUGCACUCAAAGGGCGGGAUGGUGACGUUUCAUGGUUUUGAGUAGGUGCCGAUGCCACUUUUUUUUCUUUUUAAAGAUGUGUUCGUUUCCACAAGAAGUGUCUGAAUCUGUGGGGCCCUGGCCACUUCCCUGGCUGUGCUUUUUGUUUUAAUCUUGUGGGUUUUUUUUUUACAAGACAACUGCAUGCCCCAGUGAACCUCGUGAAUGCCAUAUCAUGAGAUUAAUUUUGCUGAGGUUGGGACUGAGCCUUCGUCGCUUAGUCCGAGGGAAAAUUAGCAAGCUCUGAAUGUCUACAUUUUCUGAGAUUCUUUGCAUUGUAAAUCUUGCAAAUUCUUAACUGUUUUCUCAAUAGUUGGGCUCUGGCACAGUUUCUGUUUAAUGAAAGGGUAAGUGCUACUGCAAAAGCCCAGGUCUGCUCACCCCACCCCAUGUCAAAUAGGUCCAUUGGCAUUGCCUCCUGAAGCAUAGGGGCUGCAGUGCCCAAUACACUCUUGGCUGCUGUACUGCAUCCUGGCACAUACCACCUGUUUGCUUGCUAUAUGGCACAGCUUGGGAGUUGCGGGUAAUGAAACUACUUACAAGAGCUGUUGAGAUUGAACAAGGCACUGCUGGACCUGGAGGAUCUCCACAGCGUUGUCUGGUGGUGACCGGGUGGCAUUAUGCACUACGAGGUGAGAAUGCUGCAGUGGAUGGUAUGUGUCCUUUAACACUGAUUUGAGACGGGAGGUGCGCUGACUUCUAACCAGUGGCUUUUUUCUUUUGUGUGGGGAGAUACUUGGCAUCCCUAUUCGACUCUUUCACAUGUGCGUUUGUUCGAAAACUGGUUUGCUACUGGAUGCCAAGCGUAUAGUAACUGCAGCACGAGGCGAUAACUGAAGCUUGUUUAAAAUGCUCCCAUGGCUUGUGUUGCCUUGGGAACAAAACUCUGCCUGGUGUUCACUUCAGAAUAUUCCACCCCCACCAAACACUGCAAAGCCCUCCCCUUGGCCCCUUCUGUGUCAUAGUUGUCAUCGUCCUUGAAAGGAUUUUGCUGAGGGAUGACUUUGCAAUGCAAAUAUUCAUGCAAAUGCCUGAACUAAUUUUCCUUUUAGAGCUGGUUUGUUGCCUGACUGCACGCAGUGGCCUUUAACCCCUGAUUUAUAGAUCCUAGUGGCUUGUUUCAAGGUUUGUGUGUUUGUGUGUGGUUUCCCCCCAUCCCUUCAUUACGGAAGUGCUAUAAUGCUCUCUUUGUACUGGUUCAUGUAGUCAGGGAAACUUGUCAAAAGCAAGCCAGCUAUUAACUCCCUAAAGUCAUGCAUAGUGUCAUCUGUCCUGUGUAAUCUCAGAGAUUGGGGUCAGUUUUUCGUUUUCACCACCUGCCUUUCCAGAACCUGCCUGCUUUUCAUUCUAUUGAUAUCUGCCCCAGGGCUUCUAGACUUGUAAGGCUGGAAACCUCUCAGCUGUCAUUUAGAAGCUAUUGGAAAAUUUAAGACUGCUUUGAGAGUUGGAUGAAUGCUGACGCUGCUCCCUAUUGGUUAACUACUUUUAACAGACCGUGUUAAAAUACCUGUGUCUCUGAUCGCCAAAGAGAUGGGUCAUUGAGUCCAUCAUUGCUCCUAACUGUUCUACUAUAACUAAAGUUGGUUUGCUUUUCUAU